UGUGUUUAACAAGACGACUUGCAGAAGUUGAGCAGAGAGCAGAAAGUCGCAGUGUGAGUUUGUGUCAAACAAGCAAAAAACAUGUGCAAGGUGAGAAUGCUGAGAGCGUUGGUGAAGCAGCGGCUCAACUUGGCCGUGGAGGAGAUCUUCGGACUGUUUGAGAGAACCAUAGCGGAGUACGAGGUGGAACUUUGCCGAGCCCGGGAGGAGAACGAACGUCAGCGGGUGCUGCUGGGAGCCGUUGCCUCCACUUUGCGUCGUCGAGUCGGGCGACACACGGAAGACAUCCAGCAUGUGUUGGUGGAAAGUCCAGAAGAGGUUCCCUCCAUGCAGCAGGAGAGCGGCCCCAGAGCAAACCAGGAGAAACCAGCGCAGCUCUCCAGUGUUAAAGAGGAAGAGGAGGACGUGUGGAGCGGUCAAAAUGGGCAGGCUGACGUCACCACGUCCACGCUGACUGGCGAAGAUGACCAAGCGCAGUCCUCGCAGCUUCAUGACGAGAACGAAGCGGCGGCAGGCAGCGGCUCCUCGACUCGACGCACGUCGAGCGCCCCGUUGAGCUGCCCCGAGUGCGGCAAAACGUUCGGCCAGAAGGGCAAUCUGAUCAUACACGUGCGGACGCACACCGGAGAGAAACCUUUCGCCUGUUCCUAUUGCGACCGGAGAUUCUACACAAAGCAUCACGUGAAGAGACACACCACCAUUCACACUGGCGAGAAGCCCUUUUCCUGUUCGUUCUGCGGGAAACGAUUCCGGGAUAAGUUCGAGGUGAUAAAGCACACGAGAACGCACACCGGCGAGAAACCCUUCACCUGCCCGGUUUGCGCCAAAGGCUUCUCUCGGCGAUCGUCUCUCCGCUUACACGUUCAACAACACUGCGUGACGGCAGGAACUGGCGGAGGGCAGAAUUUGGACGCCGGACGGGCGCCCUCUUCUGAGACCGAUCGCAAUGACAACAGUGACCGGGAUGGUAAAAACGAAAAGAUGUAUCUCAUUGACAACAAGCAACGGAAUUGCCCUGUAUGCGGGAAAACGUUUGGCCAGAGGUGUAGCUUGAUAAGACACAUGAGAAUACACACGGGGGAGAAACCCUUCUCCUGCGCCGUUUGCGCCAAAAGCUUCCGGGACAAGUUUGAAAUGCUGAAGCACAUGAGGACGCACACCGGCGAGAAGCCGUUCGCUUGCGGCGUGUGUCAGAAAAGAUUUAAUUUUAAGGUGCAGGUGAAGAGACACAAGUGUACCGUUAGCCAAUGACGAAGCAGGAGGCGGGGGAAACAGCGGAGGAACUGCGACUUACUCACAAGCUCUGACGGUUUGUUUGGAGUUGUUCCUAUUUUGCGAACCUGCAGGCUAUUGACCUUUUCACACUGACGUCACACGUACCUGCAAGGUGGCAAAAAACUGUAUCUGAUGGAUUAAUUAUUUUUCAAGUCAAUUGAAGUCAAACAACGAAACGUUUCAGUUCAGGUUAAUGCUAGUCAAUUGCUUUUCUGCCACACGCAAGUAGCCUCUGCCUGCUCUUGGGUCCAGUCUCCAUCCAAUUCGCGAUACUUUCUUUAUUACUGCAAGUGUUUAUCUCAUUGCGUGCACCACACUGCCCUUCAGAGUUCAAGACAUGCACAGCAGUUACUUUAUGUAAGCCAUCAGUUCAUGAUAAAUGGGUCGGUUUUUCUCAUACCAACAGUUGCUGAUUAGUGUUCUCUGUUUGAGUAAUAUCACUUGAUCAAACCUUUUCUAACAUUCCAUAAUACAAAAUUAUGUAUGAUUGCUGGGAUAGGCUCCAGCACGCCCGCGACCCUAGUGAGGAGACGCGGCUCAGAAAAUGGAUGGAUUGAUGGAUGUUGCUGAAAUUGGAUCGGAAAUGAAAAUGUUGGCUCGGGAUAUCCCUAGUUUUAAGUGUUAGUGACACACAUUGGGCAAAAGGGUUAGGGUAGGGGGUUGACAAAAAACAUUGGGAAACGGGAAGAGGGUUGUGACAGAGGGAUGUGCCAUGACCUCAGAGUUGAAGUCCCAAACUGUAACCCCCAAAUGAACCCUGUAAACUUGUGUACAAGUGAAAGGGAAUAGAAACAAAAUGCCUGCUCAUCACCCCUCAACACCUUCAAAGUCAAAAGUUCAAUUCAAUGGAAAAAAAAAAAAAAAAUAUCGGACUCAAGCAAGCCUUACACAAAACGCAAACGAGUUGCUCAGUUGAAAGGGAAAAAAAAAGUCUUGUCUGGUGCAAAAUGAAUAGUGUCAAGUGCUGUGGGACACCGGAGCACAGGUGUCCAUCAUUAGUGAAACAUGGUGAUCCCAAAACUUACCUGAUGCAGGAAUCCGUCCCAUCAGUGAACUGUUAAGUGAUGAUGAGCUGCUGGACUUAAGAGCUGUAAAUGUCUCAUAAAUCCCCUUUCAGAGCUGGCUACCAGUUAGUUUCAGUCUGUGUGACCCAAAAGUGAAAGAAGCAAUGUCAGAUGAGGUACUCGUCCCAGUACGAGUUUGUAAGGACUUAAUGCAGAGGCCCAUAAUAGGGUUUAAUGCCACUGUGGAGGUGUUGGUAAACAGAGAGAAUCAGGUUCAGCUGAGUUAAGAGUAUUGGAAUGCUCAGAAAUUCACUAAGACUUGGGUCAGGAAAGGCAAAAGCAUUGCUUAACCUCAUUCAGGGGAAUACUAACCAAAAUAUUACUUACCCUCUUAGAACAGGAUGCACAUCUUUUGUAGUUCCAGGAGGACAAAUGAAGUGUCAACACAGAUCUGAACGGAAAACACAAAUCCUCUUUGAACCUGAGAAAACACUUGCAUUGGAUCGAAGGACUCAAAAUUACCUGUCAGCUGAUAACUGUUUGCUGCUCCUCCGUAAAGUGAACAUUUACAGUGGGGCAAAAAGGUAUUUAGCCAGCCACCAAUUGUCUAACUACCUAAUUUUCAUCAGAGGCAUACCUCACCUAUAAGAGACAAAAUGAGACUUUAAAAAAAAAAAAAAUCCUGAAAAACACGUCUGAUUUUAAAGAAUUUAUUAGCAAAUUAUGGUGGAAAAUAAUUACAAUAAUUUCUCGUGUAUAAUGCGCAUUUCCCCCCCCCCAAAAAUGUCAAAAGUCAAUAGUGCACUUUAUACAUAUGUAUAGGGACAAAUGGAAAAAACUUUCACAUUUUAUAAAUGUAUGCCGCCAUCUAGUGGUUAUGAAAAAGUUGUAUACGUUCAUUCCAAAAUGCCACCGUCACCUAGAGGUUCUGAGAAAGGGGUACACUUUCAUUCUAAUAUGCCACCACCACCUAGUGGUUAUAAAAAAGGUGUAGCCUACACUUUCAUUCCAAUAUGGCAGGGGUACGUAUGACUGCCUAUAUGUACAGUUGUGCUCAUAAAUUCACAUACCCUGGAAGAAUAUGUAAAAUAUAUAUAUAUUUUUUAAUACGACUGAUGAGGCGGCACGGUGGGGACUGGUUAGCACAUCUGCCUCACAGUUCUGAGGACCGGUGUUCAAAUCCCGGCCCCGCCUGUGUGGAGUUUGCAUGUUCUCACCGUGCCUGCGUGGGUUUUCUCUGGGUACUCCGGUUUCCUCCCACAUCCCCAAAACAUGCAUGGUAGGUUAAUUAAAGAUUCUAAAUUGCCCUUAGGUGUGAAUGGUUGUUUGUUUCUAUGUGCCCUGCAAUUGGCUGGCGACCAGUUCAGGGUGUACCCCGCCUCUCGCCCGGGUAGAUAGCUGGGAUAGGCUCCAGCAUGCCCGCAACCCGAGUGAGGAUAAGCGGAACCGAAGAUGAAUGAAUGAAUGAUGACUGAACAAAAAACAUAAUUAAUUUCUUUAUGGUUAUGUUUUGUUUAAUGAUAAUGCUUUUCUGAAAUGAUUAACCGUUUAAUUUGAACCCCAUUAAAAUAAAAUUAAAUGUGUUUCGCUUGGUCCUUCAUGUUUUCUUUAAAGAAUUUUACCCAGCUUAAAAAUUCUGCCUGGGUAAUCAAACAUGAACAUGUAAUCAAACGGCCCCUUCUCCACCCAUGAAGAAUCUUAUCCUACAAUUCCAUUACAACAUGCUGGCAAUUUUUUGACUUGAGUUCGUUGUCACAUUUCUGUGGGGCCAAUUAUAUAUUACUCGUGCACUCACUGUAGUUGUCUCGCCACGGUGCACUAUUUACAUAUCUGUUGUUGACCAAUACUGGCCACUCAUGCCAGAGUAGCAUCUGCUCCAUUUGCACACUGAUUGAGAAGUAUCUGCAACAUUUGCACAAUCAACAUUGUCCCACUGCAUACGUGCUAGAAGACUCUGCAUCUUUUGCACAAUUGUCCCCCCAAAAAAAUUAUAUAUAUAUAUAUAUAUAUAUAUAUAUAUAUAUACCGGCAUUACCCGACAACUAGCAACCCUUUACUGCUCAGUGAUUGUAUUUUUUAUUUUUUUUUGUUAAUGUCUUUAUGUCUCCAAAGUGUUCUCUGUCAAUUGACUGUCUGUUGUCGUACUAGAGCGGCUCCAACUACCGGAGACAAAUUACUUGUGUGUUUUUGUUGUACGUACUUGGCAAAUAAAGAUGAUUCUGAUUCUGA